UGCAAAGCCCACUGGUUGGCGUGGCCCGGGACACGCCUUCCCCGGAGCGGAACAAAACGGGGCGCGGGCCGGGCGCACCCAGUCGCCGCUUCCGAGAGCGUUCCCGCCCGCGCCCGCCGCGCAGCCAGCUGCCAGUUUCAGGAUGCCGAACUGGGGAGGAGGCAAGAAAUGUGGGGUGUGCCAGAAGACGGUUUACUUCGCGGAAGAGGUUCAGUGCGAAGGCAGUAGCUUCCAUAAAUCCUGCUUCCUGUGCAUGGUCUGCAAGAAGAAUCUGGACAGCACCACCGUGGCCGUUCACGGCGAGGAGAUCUACUGCAAGUCCUGUUAUGGCAAGAAGUAUGGGCCCAAAGGCUAUGGCUAUGGGCAGGGUGCAGGCACGCUGAGCACCGACAAGGGGGAGUCUCUGGGCAUCAAGCACGAGGAGGCCCCUGGCCAUAGGCCCACCACCAACCCCAAUGCCUCCAAGUUUGCACAGAAGAUUGGCGGAUCCGAGCGCUGCCCCCGAUGUGGCCAGGCAGUCUUUGCGGCUGAGAAGGUGAUUGGUGCCGGGAAGUCCUGGCAUAAGUCCUGCUUCCGGUGUGCCAAGUGUGGUAAAGGCCUUGAGUCCACCACCCUGGCUGACAAGGACGGCGACAUUUACUGCAAAGGAUGCUACGCGAAAAACUUCGGACCCAAGGGCUUUGGCUUUGGGCAAGGAGCUGGGGCUUUGGUCCACUCUGAGUGAGGCUGCCGCCGUCCACCGCACGCUGCCCACUCCUGUGCUUUUCAUCGCCAUUCCCUUCCCAGCAGCCUUGGCGACCUCCAGGAUCCCUCCUCCCUCUCUCAGCCCUGCCACACAUCACUAAUGACUUGAACUUGGGCGUCUGGCUCCCUCUGGUUUGGAGUCUGCCUGAGAUCCUACUCCUCUACGGGGCUCCCUCUGCCUGGGACCUGACACCAUCACCAGCAGGAGACCUCAGUGUUUUAGUGCAGGUGGGACUGGGCCCUUCUCCCCACAACCCGCCCCAUAGUCCUCUGUUCUUAGCCUGUUAGGCUGAGUGUCCGUCAUCAACCUGCCAAGAUCCCUGAGCCCACAUCUUGGAUUCCAGAGGAACAGUAGGCCCAGGGGAGAGGGAAGCAGGAACAAGAUCGGGCAGAGGAAGCUGGUGGUUCAUUGGAUUCUCCUCUGCGGGUAAGAGGGUGGGCUUCUUGGUGUCCCUCCGAAUAGCCUGGGGAGUUCCAGCUCGGGAAUUCACUGUGGAUGCAGAAGGGCAUACAGACAGGGUCAUGGGCUAUUGGAGCUACUUGCUUCUCUGAGCCUCUUGCCUCUGAGGCUCUGGAGACCCGGUGUCCUCCCCCUCGUGUCACCAUUCCUCGGGGUGAGGAAAAGAACUCAGGUCUGAGGACCCAAAGUCAGGAUGUGGUCUGACCUCCCCAGGCAUCUAGUUCCUUGUUUGGCAGAGGCCCGGAUGAAACACCUCCCAACACACACUUUCAUUUAUCAGUGGCCCAAAUCUGAGGGUAAAUAGCUCCGCCCCUAACCCCAGUCCCGAGGCUGUGUUGGUAGCUCCUCCCCGUCCCAGCACAGACCAGGCCGGUGCCCUAUUCCCAUCACUCCUGCUCGGCCCUCAGAUGUGGAGGGAGGCACACACAGCCUCAGGCUUCAUCUGGACACCCCUUCCCUAUGUGCCCAGUCCUCAGCACCUGCCUGCCCACUCGGGGCCUUGCCCCUGCCACCCCACCCUUCUCCAGGAACCCUUCUCUGGCCUCUUCACCCCCCAUCCCUUGCAGGCCCCAGGUCAGGAGCAGCAGGAGGAAGGGGAGGGGCUGGGUCUCGCUGCUCCCAGUGACUGAAAGGACAACACUGUAUGGAGGAGUCAUGUGGAGGGGCUGCAGGCCCGAGCUAUGUUCAAGCUGACUUCUCAUCUGGUCAAUAAAGCCUAAAUCUUAGAACAGAA